GUGAUACAGCUGUGCAGUACUUCCUGAGUACCUGAGGUCACAUACUGACGCUGUGGAAGAAGGAGGCAGUCCUCCUGUCUACACAUCUCUCUCUCACCUCCUCGCAGCUCGGUCCUUUACCCACCCGACUUUAUCAAAUCAAGAUGAAAACGUUAUUUUUGUUGCUUCUCUUCUGUCACGUUUCAUCAGCAGUGAAACACACUCUAAAGUUUUUUAUAACUGCAUCCAGUGGAGUCCCAAAGAUACCAGAGCUUGUGAUAACUGCUGAGGUUGAUGGAAGUCUGGCCGGUUACUGCGACACCAACAAAAAGAUAUUAGAACCAAAACAGGACUGGAUGAAAAAAAUAUUUGAAGAUGAUCCUCAGUACUUUGAGUGGGCCACUCAGCAGUGUUUUGAGAGAAUGCCAAACAUAUUCAAAGUGAUGAUUCAUAAUUUGAAGCAGCACCUCAACCAAAGUGGAGGUGUCCACAUUUUACAGGGACUUUUAGGAUGUGAGUGGGAUGAUAAGACUGGAGAGGUUAAUGGUUUUAAUCAGUAUGGUUAUAAUGGAGAAGACUUUAUAUCUUUUGACCUGAAGACAUUGACAUGGAUCGCUCUGAAACCUCAGGCUGUCACCACCAAACUGAUGUGGGACACUGACAAAGCUAGAAUAAAAUACAAUGAGAAGUUAGUCACUGAGAUUUUCCCUGAGUUACUGAAGAAGUAUUUGGACUAUGGCAACAGCUCUCUGCAGAGAAAAGAGCUUCCCUCAGUGUCUCUCCUCCAGAAGACUUCCUCCUCUCCAGUCAGCUGCCACGCUACAGGUUUCUACCCUGACAGUGCCACACUCAUCUGGAGGAAAGAUGGAGAGGAGAUUCAUGAGGACGUGGACCACGGAGAGAUCCUCCUCAACCACGAUGGAUCCUUCCAGAUGAGUGUUGAUCUGAACCUUUCAUCAGUCACACCUGAAGACUGGAGGAGGUACGACUGUGUGUUUCAGCUCUCUGGUGAGAAGAACGACAUCGUCACCAAACUGGACAAAUCAGAGAUCAGGACCAACUGGGGCAAGACUGGGAUGAGAAUUGACAAAGAGGAGCCCAGUAACAUCACCAUCCCGAUUACUGCUACAGUGGUUGUUCUUGCUGUCGUCCUCAUUGCUGUGAUUGGAUUUAUCGUUUACAAAAAGAAGAAAGCCAAUCGCCCUCCACGUCCUCCUGAAAACAGCACUGAGCUCUCUGAGAAACUGAAUCCAGAAACAUCACGAGCAAACACACCACCCUGCACACAGUGACGUCAUGUGGGACAACAAAACAGUGAACCUAACACCUCCAGUUAAAGCAGUUUGAUAUUGUUUUGUCGUUCACUGUAAAACCUCUGAAUCACUUUAAAGCUGCAAAGAAAAUAUCUGACAAAGAGCUGGUUUCCUAUAACCAACUGUAGAUAAAGAUAAGUGAGGUUAUAAAGAGAAAAAACAAGCUAAAUAAGGCAUUGAUGCUCACAUUAGAAAAUAAAAGGAAGAAAUAAUCCUUUAAAAGCAGCCAUCUGUUAAAAUGUUGUAAGAUUGUGAAUAUUUUAGAUCUCAUUGAAAUCAGAAUCCUCAGGUACUGAUACAAUGUUAUAACCUUUGUUGAAUUGAACUUUCCAAAUAUUUCUGAUGAAGUUAAUUCUGUUUUAUGUGAUUAUUCUCUCCGUCUCUUCAGGUUUGUGGUUCAAAAAAUGACCUCUCAUGAUAUCAAACCAUUCAGGUAGAUGUGUUUGCAUUUGUGAUAACAGACAAAGUCCUGUUUGCUCAGAAUAAUCCAUUCAUUCAUAACUCCUUCUUCCAAAUAUAAAAACAAUCAAAACUUAUUAUAAAUAUUCUGCUUGUAUAUUAUUUUCAUCUGUAAUUUAAACUUUUGUUGAAAUCUUUAAAGUAUGUUAAACCUUGUGUUUGAGACUAUUUCCAUUUAUAUGUGACAUUCACUUUGUACGUAGUGUGAAACAUGUUGACGGUGGCUGUUUUCUUGGAACUUUAUGAUCAGUUAUGCACAGCGAGUUUUCUUUAGUCCAAGGUUGAUGUGAGCACACACAUGUCCUGAUGCCAGUUUAUAGGACUGACAGCUGAGAAGAGUGAUAUCACUGUACAGUUUGUGGUGUAGGAUGACUUCAGCUCAGAUUUUUGUUGUUGUUGUUGUUGUUCUUGUUGUUUUGGAAGUAGCAUAAAGGGGACGAUGGUUGGAGGGGAAACUAGCAUUUGUUGAGGGAGGUGGUGUCUUUGAGAGUGAUAAAAAGAGAGGCUGUAUUUUCACCAGUUUGUCACAAAUAGAUUGUUUUAAGAUCAUUAGUAAUGGAUGCUCUUGCUCCAAUAGAUAUCACUCGUUCUUAGUGAAGUCAGAACUAAUGAGAGGUGGAUGAAGCCGUCUGGAGCUUUGGGGCUUCAAAUGCAGCAGCACAGUGACAUCUGGUGGCAACAGCAGCCCUUCACAACUGGAGCCAAAGCACCACAACACCUCUCUGAUUUUAAUGCUUUUAGUCUCAUAGGUGUGCAAUAAAAGUCCAAGAAGCCUGUGUGUUAUCAUUACAUUUGUAAUACUGUUGUUCAAGUGCUGCAUUAAAUGUAGCAGUUUGUGUGAUAUGUUACAGUAAAAUAAUUCAUAAAAGCAUUGUCCAAAAAGCCUAGAUAAUAAAUAUUGUUACUGACAUCAAA